AUGCUUGCCUUGAUGAAUAAUGAUGCCCGAAACCACUGGCUUGUACGACAGUAUGCGGCAGAAGCCUUAUCCCAAGGAUACUUUCACUUCACAUCCACCACGAAAGACUCUGACUAUCAUGUCACGCAAGUCACAAUUGGAGGUCCAACUCGACCUCCUCUUCUCGAGAAGAUUUCCAAGGUCCGACGAGACCGCUUUAUGGAUCAUUCCAAUACCGGGAUUCAAACACCAAACAUCAGUCUGCUGCCAGCUAUAUCAAGGCUCUCGAAAUCCAUACGGUGGACCCUGAUCGCUCAAGAAAUUACAAGUAGACAACAACUCCCAGCUCCCAGCAUGCUAUCCUUUUCACCUUGGCAUCGUAUCUCGAAGUCUGUCGCUCUUGCGAUUGCCUCAGUGUGCCGCCUUAUGCCAGUCCCUCUCCGGAUAUUGAUCUACCGCUCUCUGAGUUCUUUGGGUGCUCGUUUUUACGGGCCAUCUUGCAGCCUGAACGCUCAACAACUCCCUUUCGGCAUGUACCUGAAGACGAAGAGUGUCGAAGAUCAUCGAGCACUGGCAAUUGAGUUUGGUGCUCUGCAGCUUGAACGGAGCCAAACUGAAAUUCCAGUUCCUCGCCCGUUGGGUCUAGUGUCUGACACAGAUACCUCUUAUCUGUUGACAACUGCUCUACCGGGACAACGGUUUGGCUCAUACAUCGAUAUACUCAGCGAUCACGAUCUUGACCUUUUCGUGCGAGAUAUGCAGAAAUACCUGGAACAGCUACGUUCCAUCACAAGGCAACGAGCGCCAAAGUAUGAAAUCGGCAAUGCCAUUGAUGGACCAUGUUAUGACUACAGGAUCAUUGCUGCUCGCGGCUACGACAAGGAACGAGGCGACUUCUUCGGACCAUUCAUUUCCGAAGAAGACUUCAAUGAUACACCACGAACACCUGCGCUGACAGAUGUCUUUCAUUCCCAAGGACAUGAGAUUGUGUUCACGCAUUCCGAUAUCAACAUGAGAAACAUCUUGGUUCAUAACGGUCGGAUCUUAGGUAUCGUAGACAGGGAGAACUCAGGAUGGUUUCCUGAUUACUGGGAGUAUACUAAGGCGCACUAUGUCACCAAGCUCAACAGGAGAUGGCUGAGAGCAGUAGAUCGGAUCUUCGAACGUUGUGGUGACUUCAGGCAUGACUUGGCGAUUGAGUGCCGCUUAUGGGAGUAUUGA